GUGUGAAGAGUCUGAUGUUGUAACUUUCCUGUUCAGCACGGCGUCCUCUGUGAGCUCCAGAGCAGCAACAUGCCGAGAGGAGGAGGAGGAGGAGGAGGAGGAGGGUUGGUUAGGGAGUGGUGGAUGUGGGGGGGGAGCGCGCAGUGGGUGAGGCAGGGGGUGUGGCUGAGGUUUUCCGUCCUCCUGUCCCCCCUCCCUGUGUUCCCGCCUGCAGGGAAAGUCCGUCUCACUCCGACCUGAGAGAGACCGACUGAGAGCAGCUCCACAGCUCCUCGUCUUCAUCAUCCUCCAUCCUCUUCACCUCCACCUCCGCCCUCCUCAUGGCCGACCCCGCCAAGUCCUCGCAGACGGCCAAGAACGUGGUCAUCGCCCUGCUGUCGCUGUGGUCCAUCAUCUCGCUCAUCGUCAUCGUGGUGUGGUCGACGUCCCCCGACCUGAAGAGCUCGGCUCAGUGCCGCACCGAGCUGCAGGACGCCACAGAGAAGCUGGAGGGCGUGAAGGUGGUGUGCAGGAAGGACAAGGUGGCGCUGGAGGAGCAGGUGGAGGCCGAGCGGGAGAAGCAGGACAAGCAGAGGGCCGAGAUCCUGAUGCUGCUCGGAAACCUCAACGCCACCAACCACACGCUGGAGGAGUGUCGUCAGGAGAACGUGAGUGAGGGAGUUUAUGUCUGAGGGUUCGGCUCUACACUGUUAAAACUUUUCUGUUUGGACGAGUGAGUCGGAGGAGGAACGUCUGUUAGUCAAGAACAAAGUAAAAACUGGAGAAAAGUGGAUUUACUGAAUGAGGUUAAAUCUGUUCACUCUCUGAGGUCUUUAAACAAAAACAUGAAUCAUCAGUCAGGAGGGAGGGGGACUUUAAAAACCAUUACUCUGUCAUUUACACUUUUAUCAUCCGUCCAGUCUCACUGUAUUUACUGUAAAUCCAUCAAUGUAGUCCAGUCCUGAACAGAGGUACCAGGUCAGGGUUCGACUCUAACUCUGUUCUCCUGAGUUAAAAAAGUAGCACAAAGAACUUUAGGGGAUCAAUAAAAACUGAUCAAUAAUGUUUGUCUUAUUGGUCAACCUUAGUACUAUUAUUAGAAAUCAAUUUUAGGUCUUUUGGUCACAUGACAGUGAAGCUAUUGAAGGAAAACAGCCUUUUCUGAGAACAUCAACCUGUAAUUUAUUGACGGUCCCUUAUUCAACACCGACGUUGACAGUGAGGGUGUCGAGUAGAUUUAACCGCGCUGCUGUUGUUAUUCCCGGUUAUGGAGAGUGAGAAGACACCGGUAGAUCCUCAGAGAAUGUCCGUCAGAUAUCCAACCUGAAACUAACUUCACCGCCGUAUUUACAGGAAAAUAUAUCCAACCUAAAACUAACUUCACCGCCGUGUUUACAGGAAAAUAUAUCCAACCUAAAACUAACUUCACCGCCAUAUUUACAGGAAAAUAUAUCCAACCUGAAACUAACUUCACCGCCGUAUUUACAGGAAAAUAUAUCCAACCUAAAACUAACUUCACCGCCGUGUUUACAGGAAGAUAUAUCCAACCUGAAACUAACUUCACCGCCGUAUUUACAGGAAAAUAUAUCCAACCUGAAACUAACUUCACCGCCGUAUUUACAGGAAAAUAUAUCCAACCUGAAACGAACUUCACCGCCGUAUUUACAGGAAAAUAUAUCCAACCUGAAACUAACUUCACCGCCGUAUUUACAGGAAAAUAUAUCCAACCUGAAACUAACUUCACCGCCGCAUUUACAGGAAAAAACAUCCAACCUAAAACUAACUUCACCGCUGUAUUUACAGGAAAAUAACAUUUGUUGAUUUUUUAUUCGCACAUGUGACCCUAAAUACAUUUUAAAAUUCGCCCAAAUCUAUUUUUAGUCGAAGUGUAAAUGAAACGGUCGCACUGUGGAGUCCUGCAGGUACCAGGUCUUUAUAUGAGGCAGGCUUGUAUUAAAGGCAGGACUUCAUAAUCAUCUCAGUCUGAAAAUGACAGUUUGGGAUGUUUUAGUGCAGGGUCAGGGUCACAGAGGGGUCUCAGUGAAGCUCUUAUUCAGUUAGGUCAAAGGUCAAGGGUUCGAAUAAGAUUCAAACAGUGUUUCCUCAUUAUUGACCGCAGCCAGUUAUCAGGGCCGAUAUCUCAAAUGGUAAAAAAAAAAGAAAUCAUUUUUUUUAAUGAAGUCCUGAUGAUUUGAGGUCUGAAUCCAAACCUGAUUUAUUGACCUCGCUCAUGUACAUGUGAAUCUAGUUCCUCAUGGCGGCGCUAACAUACCUGGAUAACGAGGUCAGGGUUCGAUUUUCUCCUCCAGUCAGACUGACACUGGUGUUCUCCGGGUCACUGUCUAAAGGACAUGAAAAAUAAUGAUUAUUGAUUAUUGAUUUUCAUCUUGUAAAUGGGCUUUAAAGCUGUUUUUAGGUUUAUUCGUGUUUGUGCGCAGACGCGUCACGGCCCCCCGGUCAGGUAAAGUCUGGACACGCCCCUGUUGAACCCGGCCUCGUGUGUCUCCAGAGUUCAGACUUACACUCUGUGUGUGUUUGUUUAAUCUGGACUCAGAGUCCAGGUCAGACCCACUUCAGAUUCAAUGACCUGUGUUUUUAUUUUCAGCUCGAACCCUGACCCUGGGCUCUCCUCCAAACUGAUACUGAAAAUAGACUCUUAUUUUUCGGCCCCACCCUCCUCGCCAAAAACACUAACAGCUUCCAUGUGUCCUCCUGAACAGUCGAGUCUCUCAGAUCGAUGGAGAGCAGGGUUAAAUCAUCGCUCUCUCUCUCUCUCUCCUCCUCACUGUUUCCACUCUCUCCCCAGUUUUGUGUUUUUUUUCUCUUUCCUGUCGUCGACUCUCUGAAUAGUUCCCUCCCUCCCUGCAGGCUGACUCUUCGGACUGUAAAAUGUUUGGUUUCUUCCAACAUUUCCAGCUUCUGAUUCUCAGAGUUGUUGGUUGGAAAAAGUGAGUGUUUGCCCUCGCUCCCCUCCUCCUCCUCCUCCUCUGGUGGUUCCUCCUGACUCAUUCCCCCUCCCUCCCUCCUCCCUCGCUCUCUCCCUCCCGAAUCCUUUUUUGAUUUUUUCCUCUCGUCCUGAGAAAACUUCUCUGCCUGAAGGGAAACUCUGAACAUCUCGUUUAUUCGUAGGAGCAGAGAGUGCGCAGCGACGUUUUCGUGACGUUUCCUCGCCGACAGGAAUGUUAAAAGCUCGGACUGUUUGCCAACUUGAACCACAAUUCCCAGAAUCCCCCUGAAUCACACUGCUGUGUCACUCUGUGUGUCAUUAUGAAAUCAGGAUUCCUCCACGUGAGCUCUUGAGAAACUCGGCCGGUCUGAGCUCAGGGUUCAGAUUUAGGGGUCAAAGUUCAGACGACGACCAGAGUCUUCGUCCUGAUGAAGAUGGAGCUGUUAUUUCACCACGAGGCAGAGGAAGAAACUGACUUCAUGACCCAGAAUGCAACAGGCCUUGCUCUUCUUUGUGUGUUUGUUCAUCGUCUUCCUCUAACAGGCAGAAACCUCCAACAGAACCAGACACACCUGAGACCGCACAGGUACCCAGACUCGAUAAAACAGGUCAGACCGGUUCCUCUGAUGAGGAAAUGAAACUGGAGCGAGAAUCUCAAAAUCCCCCCCCCACACACGCACACACACGCUGUGGGGUGUUUCCAUGGAAACCCCCUCCAGUCAGACGGCGCAGACUCUCUAAAACCUGACUGUCCCAGAUGAGAGGGUAGGGGGGUCUGCAGGGUCGGAGAGUCCAGCAGAACCACACCCCUCUUUUUAACCGCUGCUCCAUAAACGAGUUCAUAAAUAAAUCAGUGCCCACAGUCACAUGUUUAGAUAUUAAUCUAGAUUUGAUUAAUUUUACAAACUUCUUUUUAUGUUUUUUCUGCCAACCUUUAAUAUUUCAGGUUAAUUCGACUAAAAUAUGAAUUUAUAUAAUCCCAGAAUCAUCAGGAUUAACCUCUUCAUUCUCAGUCUGUGUCUGCAGAGACGAUGAAUCAGAGAUUUUCUGUGUUUUUAUUCACCGGUAAAUCCAACAUGGCCGACCGGCUGAUAGUUUAUGAUCGUUUACACAAACAUUACAAAGAUAACGACCUGAAGGACGACUUGUGGAGAGUCAUAGUGUCGGGUUUCUCCGAUGACGAUGGUUUGUGAGCUUUAACAGUUUGAUAAACGUCUUUGUUUGAACGUCAGCUGACGGUUGUUACCAUGGUUACAUGUGUUUAUCUAAUCGCCUCUGAUUGGCUGUAACUGCUGACCGUUUGGCUUGAGCGUGUGAUGACGUUUCCAGCUUUUCUAGCCAAUCAGAGGCGAAGGAGGCGGGACUUUCCCCCCGGAAAGUCACAAAAUCGCGUCGGGCUUGAUGUGUGUAGUCAGGCGCAUCAAAAUUCGCCUCUGAAUAUUUCAUAAUUUGGCGUCGGCCCCGGAGUGUGAGGACCUUUAGUCAUCGCACUUCUGCUUCAUUGACAGGCUCACUGCUAACAGCCUGUCAAUAACGUGUCCAAUCGUACCUUUACGACUUCCGACAAGCUAAUGUUAGCAUUAGCUUGACCGAGAUUCGAUGUGCAUUUCAGACUAUCGUGGAAAAAUGUCGUAAAUGGAGACGAUUUUUGACAUUAUUUCAAAUUCAAUUCAAAAGUUUUAUUGACGACUAAAAAUUCUGAUUCAUGUUCGAUACUCGAUCGUGACGUCGCUUCAUUCCAGCCGAUAAUUCGUUCCAGCGGUCACAUGUUCCAGGUUGUGGAUCUGCUGGGCUCUUCCUCACCCGUCACGUCACAUGACCAGCGCGUGUUCGAUCAUGUGAUCAGCCGCCACACUGCUGCAUUCCUGCGGCGCCCUGGAACCGCUCCCACCUGCAGCUCUGAUUGAAUCCACCUGAGGUCAGACACGGCUGGGUUCAGUUAACGCGGUGCAUGCUGGGUAAAUGUGCGUCACCGUUAACGUGUCGGUGAUGAUAGCAGCCUGGUCCUCCUGCUCUCAGCUGUGAAACAUCUGAAGCUCCUGUGGUAUUUGCAGGAGCUGUGAGACAUUUUAGGGGCGUGGGUCCACGGCGUGACCCGGGUCUGUCUCAUUGAUCUCAGGUCCAUCAGCUCGGCUCAGAAAAACUCGCUCAGCUCCGCCCCCGACGCACUUUUGAAGCUUGGAGUCAAAGACGGAGGAGGAGGAGCAGAGAUCCUGUCCACCCCGUCUCUGUGUUCAUCUGAGCUCUGAGGGGCUGAAGGGGGCGUUGGUAGGGUUGGGAAGGCCCUGGAGUUUAUUCCAGGAGUCCUGGAAACAUUCCAGGCAUGUUUGGAGAUUCUCCUCUGGUCUCUUUCACAGAUCCUUGACUUGAAUAAACUCCGUCCUUGAAUAUUUGGCCCUCUGACUCCUCUCUGCUCACUGAGAUCUUCACACCAGUAGAUCCGGGUGGAUAAAGGAUGUUCAGAGUCUUUGAGGAAGUUCAUGAGGUGACGACGCUCUAACAGUCCCGUCUGAGUGACGACAGAGGAAGUUGUGAAACGGUGAGGAAGCAGAAGUCGACACGCAUGAGAGUUUUCUCUGUUUGAUUCAUUUUCAUCUGUGUUUCCGUCCGUCCUGAUUGGUCGGUCACAGCGUGUCUUCAGCUGAGGAGGAGGACAUCAGCUUCUGUAACUGUCUGCCACAACAGGAAUUUCCCAUGGUCCUUGAAAAUAUUUAAGGUUAUUCAAGGGUCAGACAUCAGGAGUCCUUCAGUAUUCAGUACGAUUUUUGACGUCUGCCGAUUCCUACAGGAUCCGGUUUGUCAGGUGAAUUUCGUGGCGGAUUACAGACGCGAGAACUCACAAGAACCCGCAGAUUCACGUUCAAUCACACGAUAACGAGUCAUCUCUCUAAAGACAGACACAUAGACAUAUAAGCAGUAGAUUGUGUCCUUCCAGAGGAGGAAAUCUACUUCUAGACUUCUAGAAUCAGCAUCUCCUCAUCCAUGGUGUCAUCGGGGUGAAAUGACGUCUAAAAACCUUUCACUUGUUCGUCUCCGUCCGAACAAGCAAAAGGUUGUGUUUUAUUUUGAAAAGAAGCCGGAUGUUUUAUUUUGUGUCUGUGCCCGACUUCCUUUCCAGCACGGGUUAAUCUGUGCUGAAUUUAUCCGCCAUGCUCCGGUUCCCAUUUUGAUGAAAUUUAAGAGACACUUUGAAAAAUAUCAAAGUUUCAUGAACCUGAAGAAGUUUUGAGGGUCCCUCCAGUCAGUCCAGAGGAGGUCCUGGGAAAUAUUCAUGAUAUUCCAGGGAUCCUUGAGUAUUUGAGGAACUUUGAAGAAAUGACCCGAGUCCUUGAGAGAUUUGUGGGAGUCUUUCAUGAACCUGAAGAGUUCUUGUAGAGCGCCUGUGAACCCCGGUACCAUCAGGAACUCUGGUUUUUGAGGUCCAAACCAUGAGGUCCCCCUUCUCAGAGCAGGAUCAUGGAGUCCAUGGUUUCCAAAAAGAGCGUCCAAGUUUGAUAAAUGUUCGAUUUUUAACAGUUUUACUGCUUCACAAGAACUUGUUUGCUUGUUCCUGUACAAACUUUUCGAACCUGUUUUUUAAACUUUUUAUAAGUUUCUACAUUAUUUUAGAUUAUUUUAGAUAAUUUUAGAUGAUUUGAAAACCACUAAGUUCUGGUAGACUCAUCAUUUUAAAUGCUGUCUUAUUUCCCGUAGGUCGCUGUGAUGAUGAUGAUGGCGAGUACACGGCGUGCCCUCCACAUAAACGCGGGCGUCUUGUGUUUAAAGAGCUGAUCUAAGUUUAAACGUCUGCGUUCGAUGAAAGGAAUGUGACUAAAAGCUCUCAGCGCGAGUCGGUCCUGCUUUUAAUCAGCAGCCUAAAGCAGACAGUCUGGUCUGGUCUGAGGGUCCUUCAGAGAACGUUCUCCAUGCACAUGCUGGUCCACAUGCCGGUCCACAUGCCGGUCCACAUGUGCUCAGUUUAAAGUUUCCUGCAGGAUUUUAGGAUCCAGAGUCAGUAACUGGGUCUUAUUUGCCUUUCUCUGACAAUAGGACAGUAGAUUUGACCGGGAUGAGAGGCGGGUAAUGAGCCGAGGGGCGGAGUCAAACUUAAACGGCCUGCUGUGAGGCCGGCCCCCCUCUGUACCACAGACUUUAUGAUGGAGGGUUUAUUUCACACAGAGUCAGGUUUUCCUUCAGACUCCUCUGAUUUUCCUUUUUUACUUCUUCGAUUGUUUUUAUCUUUCACCCUCUGAGAAAUCGGAACGUCUGGAUCAGAUUGUCGGAGCUUUGAAGUCCGGCGAUGUCGGGAACAAUACUGGAAACUUAAAGAUUAAAUGUCGACACCCUGACGAGUUUUCGCCCCGAACAAAAAUAAUAAAAUGUAGAUAAAAGUCUUUGGAGCCGCCUCCUUUAUUAGUGAAGCUGUGAGUCCAGUUACAGAUUUUCUUCACUUUAAAAAGUUAUUAUCAUUUUCAUUAUUAUAUUAUAAAGUUAAAACUUGAUUAUGAUGUUAUUAUUUUUAAUAAAACUUUAAAACUUGAUUAUUAUAUUAUUUUAAUUAUAACUUUAAAACUUGAUUAUUAAAUUAUUAUAUUAUUAUAAUUAUCACUUUAAAAACUUGAUUAUAUUAUUUUAUUAUUAUUAUAACUUUAAAAGUUGAUUAUAUUUUUAUUAUUAUAAAUAUUAAACUUGAUUAUAAUAUUGUGUUAUCAUUAUUUUUAUUUCUAAUAUAAAUAUAACUUUAAAACUUGAUUAUUAUAAUAAUUCAUAAUCAUUUUAACUUAAAAACUUGAUUAUAUUAUAACUUUAAAACUUGAUAAUUAUAUUUUUAUUGUUAUUAUAACUUUAAAACUUUAUAUUUUUAUUAUUAUAACUUCAAAACUUAAUUAUAAUAUUAUGUUAUUAUUUUUAUUUCUAAUAUAAAUAUAACUUUAAAACUUGAUUAAUAUUAUAUUUUUAUUAUAACUUUGAAACUUUAUUGUAUUUUUAUUAUUAUAAAUUUAAAACUUGAUUAUAUUAUUAUUUUAUUAUUAUUAUAACUUUAAAACUUGAUUUUAUUUUUUUAUUAUAACUUUAAAACUUGAUUAUAAUAUUGUGUCAUUAUUAUUAUUAUUAUUAUUAUUAUUAUUAUUGUGAUUGUAACUUUAAAACCUCAUCUGAUGUUUGUGUCUCUCAGAAACCGUCUGUGUUCGUUUUUAUUGACCUGAAAAUGUGAAGAACGUGCGUCAGCAGCAGGAGGAGGAUGAGGGGGAGUGUCAUGUUUCUCUGACCUGCGUCCUCUUCAGUAACAGCCUGUUUGUUUUUGCCCUGCAGCUCGUCUUGCAGGCGAACGUCAGCGUCCUGCAGGAGAACAUCGAGGCGCUGCGUCAGACGGAGGCGAACCUCACCGCUCAGAUCGGCCUGCAGGAAGGUAGGAAAAAACUCACUCACUGCCAUGAAAGGAGAGUUUCUCCCUCUGAGCCGGGGUAUUCUUAGCUGCAUUUUCCUCCGAUGUUACCAUGACGACCUGUGAGUCACCGUCAAUAAACAACACACGCCAUUGGUCGGAGAUGGAGAGAGGGAAAAACAGAGAGAGAGAGACAGUCUCCUUUUAAUUAUGUCAGAGGGAAACCACAAAUAUCAAACAGAUCCUCAGAAACAGUUUGAGAUGAAAAUAAAACUUCAGAUGGAAAAAAAAAAACAAAAAAACUUUUAUACUGAGAUAUCAUGAAGGAAUAACAAAGAGCGGUUUGUCGGUCCAGUCUGUGCCAAGAACCAAACAGGAGAAAGAGUGAAAAUAAGGACAAACUGAGAGACGAUUUCUGCUCCAAUAAAGAAAGUUCAAAUCAAAUCAUGAGUUAAAGUGAAGACAUGUGGAUCAGUAUCGAGUUAAAAACUUCUGAUGUUUCAUCUGACAGAAAAAAGGAAAAUAUCCACGACUAUAAACUUUAUCAUGUUGUUUAAAAACACACACCAGCAAAUGAGACGAUAAAAAUACAUCAUCAUUAUGAUAAUUAUUAAACUGUGUUUCCUCAUCAUGGAGGACAACAGGGACAGAUCCGGUCUCUGGAUUCAUCACAGGACAGGAUGAUAAAACACUAAAGAGGUCUGAGCUUCACUGUUCGGACUAAAGGAACCAUCUAAAGACCAGAAUCUGAAGACCUGAGGGCUCAGAUGAGAAAAAAACGAUCUGACAAAAAGAGCUGCUGACUGUUUUUCAAAAACCAGGACUGGACCCGGAACCUGGACUUAGGGACAAACGUAGACUUUAGGACAUAUGUGGACUUUAAACGUAGACCGGUGUUUGUUUAUAUCUGUUUUGGACAUUAAAGAAAGGACUUAAUGACCGACAUGAAGGUUGGUGGUUUGAGUCCCGGCUGGAUCUCCUCUGUGUGGCGCUGUCAGUAGGGCUGGGCGAUACGGGAAAAAGUUUAUCAUGAUAUAUUAUUUUCCUAUCAGCUGAUAUGGAUCAAUAUCAGGAUAUAAAAAUCUAACAGUGUUUAUUGGUCUCAUGUCUUUUCCAACACAAUAAUCUCCUGCAUCUGUGAGGUCUUUGUGUCUCUUUGGCGUUUUGUCGUAAGGCGUCGCUCUAGAGAAAGCCGACUAGAUGGUCGUCUGUUUCAGGCGCCAUGGGCUCCUCGCUCCUCUCAGGGUUUGUAACCUUUUGCGUUGCGCGUGCUCUGCGGCGUGGCGCUGCUUCAGGUGGUGAAAAAGAUUUGAGGUAUUCCCCGACUUUGUGAGAACAUGUACUCGACAUAAUUUACGGUCCACAUUACUCUGCUUCAUGUCCGACCUCCAAAAACCAAAAUACCUCCACACCACCGACGUUUUCCUAACGCCAGUGUUGUGGUUGACAUUGAUGUGGUCAUCUGUUGAGCCUUCAUGGUCAUUUCUGUCGGGGGUAGCACUCAUUUUCUUUGUUUCUCACCAACAGUGCUGUCGGCUUCACCUGUUAAAGUGCUAUGGUUGGGUGGAGCUGCUGUCUGCUACGACGCUGCAGUUGGUUGAUACUUGGUUCUGAUUCAGAACAUGAUUGGUUCAGACCCGGAGAAACUCCCCUUUUCAUUGGCUGUUCGAAUAGUCGACCAAAACAUGUCAGAAUGACGACUAUUGAAAAGGAUAUUGAUCGUGUUUUAUAUUGAGGGAUAUUAUUUUUGAUAUAUAUCGUUCUGGUUUUGUCGCCAAGCCCUACAUUCAGGUUUCUGAUCCUGUGAUGUUUGAAGGUCUGAACCUCCGUUUGUAAAGUUUCUACCAUCAGAACAUCUUCAGUUCAAAGUCUCCCUCUCUCUCUCUCUCUCUCUCUCCUUGUUUGACCCGCUCUCUAAAUUAACGUUCUCUCAUUUUAACGACUUUCCUGAGUUUUCCGUCCUCAGCCCCCCCGAGGUCGAGCCGCUCAUGUUUUGAUUCUCAGAGUUUUGAACGCACUUACAUCCUUUGUUCGAUCUCAGGAGGUAUUUUCCCUGACUAAUCCUCUCCGGUAGCAGCAGCAGGGCGGGAACAGGGGCAUGAUGGGAAGUGGAAGGAGCGUAUAAUGGAGGUGACUUCCUGCUGUGAAGGCGUGGAGUGAGGCGGUGAAUUCCUGUAUGAAUCAGAUAUGAGAGAAGCAUUGUGUUCCUGAACCCACACCUCCACCGAGAGUGGGGCUUAGAUCAUGUUUGUGUUCGCUACGAUAGAAGAAAGAACAGAACCGGGCCGAGACAGAACAGCCCAGGAUCGGGUGAUACCCUGCUCUGAUUGGCUGAUAGGGGCGCCUGUCUGUUCAGCUGUGUGGAGGAGAAGCAUGAACCUUCAAACCAGAUCCAGAAUAUAAGACUCCAAAUUCAGCCGAGCACUCCUGAGUUUGUCCACCGGGGGCGCCAAAAACCACACAGAGUGAGAAGUUCUGCCUAUGUGUGUGUGAUCUAUGCACAUACAUCUACGACGGACGAUUGAUCCGGGUCGUAAAUCUGGUUAGUGCUGAACCGACUUUAAAGUCGUCCCUCUGCUGGGAUCUGGAUCACCCUGGUUUCUGGACCAGAGCGGUCCAGAUCUCACUGAGGAGUUUAGCGUGGACCAGGAUUCCAAACUGACCUCAGACCACAAAUUUCGUAAGAGAUCACAGACAGCAGGAAUCACAAGAACCCGCAGAUUCACGAUCAAUCACUCGAUAACAAGUUGUCUCUCUAAAGACAGACACAUAGACAUAUAAGCAGUAGAUUGUGUCCUUCCAGAGGAGGAAAUCUACUUCUAGACUUCUAGAAUCAGCAUCUCCUCAUCCAUGGUGUCAUCGGGGUGAAAUGACGUCUAAAAACGAUCAGGAUGAAGGUGGAGACUGAGGGUUAGACUGAAGGAACUCCAGAGUCUCACCUUUCCCUUACUUCUUACUGUACUGGACCCUCCUCUAAAUGAGAGUCAGACUCAGGAUCUGGUUCUCAGGUUGUUGGCAGUGACCUCACAGGGUCUGAAUCUGAUCCAGGAUCUGCUCACAACAAGCUGAAGAACAGAAAACACGGAGCUGGCAGCCGAGCUCAUUCCUCCCAUAACUCCCCGAUAAGACUCCACGCUGCCUUAUAAGUUCAAACAGACGCUCAGCUGCACCAAACCCUGUUCAAAAUCUGCUCGAUUUAGAGACGCUACACUUCAGCUGUUUCCCAGGCCACGUGGUGUUCCCAGACCCCCCCCCCUUGGUUACUGUUGCUAUGUUGGGCAAAUUUUUAGUCCACAUUAUCAGAGCUUCAUAUCGAACCCAAACAGAACAAAAGGUCCUUUUUAUCCAGAGAUAUCAACCCGGACCUCGUGGUCUGCUUCAAUAACCCAGACUGAGUCCAGAAGUGGGCGGAGCCUCUUUGUUUACUAAAUUAACCCACACACACACACACACACAACAGUCAGUAGACUCAAAUAUCAGAACAGGAGUGAGUUUGUCGAACAGAGCUGCGGUCUCUGUGUCAAAACAAGAUUUAAAUAUAUCCUUAAAUUAAAACAAGAUCAACAAGAUCUGCAUCAAACCAACGGACUGUUAGCGAUCUGAACAACCCCGCCUCCUCACAGGUUCCUUGUCGUCGUACGGCGGCUAAACGGACACGCACCAUCCCUGAGAUAAAACCCAAAACACUUCCACCAGGAUCCGCGAUGAUCGCAGCAAACGUCCUCCGUAUUCAGGAGUGUCGUUCAGGGGUCAGGUUACGACAGCAGCGCCCCCUCCUGGACCAGAUACCGAGCAUUUACAAACUGUGAAUCUGAUUCAGGUUCUGUUUCUUUUCUGUGUUCAGAUCAGAUCGACGCUCUGGAGCAGAACGUGACACAGGCCGCCCACGAGACCGAGGCCUGCGCCAGUCUGAGGGUGGCCGCCGAGAGCCAGAUGUUAGCCGCUCAGAGUCAGAACCGAGCCUGCGAGUCCAGAAAGCAGUUCCUGGACAAAAAGCUGUGAGUCAAACCUUCACCUGUUCGCUGUCGAACUCUCUACUGACCUCUGUCCUUCUCACAGCGCCAGAACUUCAGCGCCAACAUCUGGGUCUACGUGAGACGAGUCGACGACAGAAUUCUGACAGAAAAUAUUUGAAGGUGGAUCUGUUAACUCUGUGUGUGUGUGUGUGUGUGUGUUUACAGUCUGAAGUGUACACAGGAGGACUCGGAGGCUCCUCAGCAGACCCAGCAGAAGCAGAACCCCCCCACACCGACCCCCUCUUCGGACGCCGCGCCCCUCUCUGGUAUUCCUGCGCUGAUGCUGCUCGUCUGCAGCGCUCUGCGUCUCAUAACCUGAGUGAGUACACACACACACACACACACACACGCACACACACACAGCUGUAAAUCAACACAAUGAAAACCAGCAGAAUCUGUUGAACCUGAACGCGUCGUCACACCCUGAGAAAAACCUGAUGUCAGUCAUUUAUCAUGUCAGUUUAAAACGGCAGAAAUGUUUCUACUGAAGUUCAUCUUUGAAAUGAUUUGAUCUCUGUUGGAAACUUUAAAGCUGAUUGUUAAGUCUCAGACGGUUAAACUCUGAGACUGAAUCAGGAGGUUUUAAAGAGUCAGGGGUUCAAAUGUUGAGUGAAAUAACUGCUUAAAAAAAACCCUGAAAGAAAGAAAUCAAACCGACUUUAUUCACAGAGAACAUCUUAACAAACAGGAACAUGGAAACAGGAAGAAAAACAAAUAAAAACUAAAAUGAAAAUAAUAAAAUAAAAUAAAAUAAAUAAUAAAAAUAAAAUAAUAUAAAUAAAAUUUAAAUAUUUAUAAAAUAAAAUAAAUAAUAAAAAUAAAAUAAAAUAAUAAAAAUAAAAUAAAAACACUUAAAAACAAAUAAAUACACUUAUAACAUCAUCAGCAUGAAGUCAAAGAGAAAAUAUUUUAAGACAGAAACAGUUUCAGGGUUUUAGUUACAAAGGUAAAAUAAUAAAAAUGUAAAUAAAAGUCUGAGAGUUCAUGAGAGUUAAAAGAAAAUUCAGGUUUUUAUUUUAAAGAAUAAAAAAAUCUUUUCUUGUAAGUUUGAUUUAUUUGAAAGAGAAUAAAUGUGGAAACACUCCCUCUCAUUUACAUCUGCGAUCCCUAAAUCAGUAAAAUAACAGGUCUUACUCUCAGAUGUCGAAGCUCCUUAAAGCUCCACCUGCUGGUCAGAGCCGCUCACUGCAGGACGGAAAAAUGUUGAUUUAAUAAAUAAUUAAACGAAUAAAAAAAUAGUGAUGAUGAUGAUGAUUAUAAUUUGGCCGGAUAAAGGGGGCGGGGCUUACUCACAGGUACAAACGUGUGUUUGUGUUUUUUUCAGGGACUCGGUGAAGCGGCGACUUGUCGAUCGACGGCGAGCACUGUGGUUCAGGACGAGGGGGGCGGAGCCUGGACGGACCCUAUGACUGCUGUACAAACUUCCUGUCUGCGCACCUGAUCGCCGUGGAGACGCUGACGUGUCACGCUGUCGUAUGAUGAAUGAUUGGACGUUCACUGACUGUCUAAAGACUCGGCUGCUUCACUCCUUCGUCUUUCAGCUCACGUGUUUUUGUUUUUUUUUAAUCUGCAGCUUCGACUCGUUUUCGCUUUGAAAUGUUCGGGUUUUAGAUCCUCCGUCAGGUUUUGAUUCAGAGAGUCUUUAAAUGCUCCGUGGUGGUGGUGCAUUCAGGGCCGUGGGACGUUUGAGAAUCAGUCCGUCUGUUUAGUUGGGCUUGUUCUCCUGAGAAAUCGAAGAUCGUUUAGUUUUCUUUGGCAGCAGCUUCAGUUAUUUUUGAUCUGAUCUUCAGGUUUUGACUGAAGACACAAAGUGAAGACGGGUGGAGUCGGAGCUCAGGUCGCUCUGGGGCAGUCCCUGGUUUCAGGUCCGGAUCUGACGUUUUUGGGCUCCUAGAAGAACCGUCGCUGAGAAGCUGCUUUGAAGGUCGAUCAUGUCCGAUCACAGAAUUUUUGAUUCAGACUAAAACCCAAAACCUGACGGAGGAUUUAAAACCGUCCCAUCAAAUCAAGCUUCCUUCUCUAACCCGCCUCUCCUCAGAUCUGAGAGGUGAGGCACUGGGCUCAGCAGCGCCCUCUGCAGGAGCUGACUGAAUGUCCCGACUUUUUUAAACUUAGUAAUAAAUGAUCAGCUGAUCCAGAGUGUGAACGCUCACAGUGUGAAUGAAUGAAUCUUUGUUUCCUGUUUUUUUACUUUUCAUGAAGUUAGGCAAAGCUUGAAGCUCCGGCGCCGCAGCACGACGACUCGACAUUUAGAGGCUUUUAUCUAAUUUGGGGGGGUGGGGCGAGGGGCGGGGCAGGGGGCGGAGGUUUUUCAUGGGAAUAAUAAACCUGAAAAAUUUCUAAGAA